UGCGUGUACUAAUGACGCUUAGGCGGAGAGAAACAAAGACUGGUUGCCUCCCGGACGUUUAUGCGUAUGCUGUCUGAGGACAUCAAGUUUGUGAUAGUCGACGAGCCGAGCUCCGCUCUUGACCCAGGAGGCGAAUACGAACUAUUCAAGCAGCUCAGGGAGGCGCGCAAAGGAAGAACCAUGAUAUUCGUCACACACCGUUUUGCGCAUCUCACCAAGUUUGCGGAUCUCAUCUUGUGUAUGAAGGGAGGAAGUGUGAUUGAGAUGGGAACGCACCAGGAACUGUUGAAGCAUCAGGGAGAAUAUGCACAUCUAUAUAACGUCCAAGCGCAAGCUUUUACUUGAGACUUACCGAACCAACAAGGAUGGCCCUCAUAGAAUUCAAGCUAUUAGUAUACGCCGGAAAAUGGGAUUAUGCUAGGUAACAAUGAUAGUCACUUCCGUACAGUGCAAAAUAGAUUAUAAAACCUGUACUUAUAUCGCAUAGAACA